AUGGCGCGGCACAGAUCGUCAGUGCGCCGGAAGUUGAGCGGAAAGUUCUUCAACUUCAGUCCCUUCCGCGAAAAUGCGGACACUAAAGUCGAGGUAGUGGUCAAGCCCAUCGACGACGAAGAGGCUAUAAAGCUUGGAGCCGACCUCAUCGCUGACGUUCUGUUGAUGUCGCUCAUGUUCACGUAUAUGUUUUACUCUCUCUAUCUAAGGCGCAAAAAGUUCAACGAUCUGUGCGACAGACAGAAGGAGCGCGAGCAGUUCAUACUGGCCCGUCUAGAGUACCUCGAGGCGGAGUUGCGCAAGCUUCAGCAGGCUGGCACAAUUGUACAAUAG